AUGGGGGUUGUUUUUUUCCAGGCCAAGUUGCGAGAUGUUCGCAAUGUCAUGAUUUCCGUGGAGCAAAUGUGCAAUGACUUCAUGAAGGAGCAGAAUGAUAAAAUGGCACGAACUGAGGAGAUGUUGGUUCUCAGAUUGCAAAGGGAAAAGGAUGCUGAAAUUGCGCGCAAAUUUGCCACCCUGACGAAAGAAAACGACGCCAUAUUGGAAGAGCACAAGGCAGUUGUGGAAGCGCAGUUGCGGCAGGAAUUCGACGCCAAAUUCCGCCGGGAAAGGAGCAAAAUCCUGACGGAGUAUGCUCAACAUUGGGAGGACGCCUUGGCUCGGGCGGACGAGCGUCAAGUGAUGCUGGAGAACCAAUUCAGGGAUCAUGUGAAUGAAAAGCGACGGGCCUGGAAAGAGAAGCUGGAACGGAUGCAGAGAAUGGAGCGGGAUCUUUGCGAGGCCAAAAUUGAAGCCCUGAGGAUCAGCAAUCCCAAAAGAAGCCUGGAAGUUUUAGAUCCUGCUCUUGCUGAUAAAUAUGUGGAUACAAUGGAAGAUUUCGAUGACACCCUCAAAGAUGGAAGCAUUGAAUUCCAUGAGAAGAACAACGUUGGGAACCAGACAUCAUUGGAUCUGUUGAUCAUUCAUCCUCAAGAAGAGGCCAAUGCAAAAAUGCGGAACAUCCUCAACGGCGAACAAGUGAAGCUUGCGGAAGCUUUGAAUCAUCAAGCGCAACUCGCUGAUUUGCUGCAGCAUGAACAUGAAAUGGCGAUGAAGAAAUUGCGAUCCGAUUUGGCACAAGACUUUGAAGCUCGACUUAAGGCGACUCUGGAAACGGAGCGACUCAAUAGUAAAACCACUCUGGUUGCGAGACUGCGAGAAGCUGCGAAAAAC